UCUCUCUCUCUCUCUUUCGUCUUUACUAUUCACUACGCCAUAACAUGGACGUGGACACGGCGAGUGACAAUACGUCUAUCGACGACAAAAUAGACGACUUUUGCGAAAAUCCUACACGGGAUGCGUUAACGGAGGGUCUUAUGAGUCUUUUGAAACCUACAGUGGAUCAGCUGGACGAUAGAAUUCGCGCCACAAGGAUAUGUCAAAUAGAAUUGAAGCAGCGGAUUGAAUCUUUAACAGAGGAACUUCAGAGAAUUAAUGAAGCAUUACAAUAUCCAUUGGAAACAGAUUCUUAUGUAAAGAAACUCAUCAACGCUAAACAUAAAAUUACCAUUGUUAGCAACAUCUUGCAAACCACUCAAGAGCGAUUAAACAAAAUACAUCAAGCUGUUGAAAAGAGCACAGCUAAGAGAAAGACACUCUUAGAUAAUAGUUCUGCGUAUAGUAGUACUAUUGUUGACCCGGAUAAAGAAGAAUCAACCAAAGUGGAAGCUGAUAAACAACAAUAA